AUGGAUCUUGUUGUGGUCCUGGUGCUCAGUCUCUCUUGUAUUCUUCUCCUCUCACUAUGGAGACAGAGAUCUGGGAGAGGGAGACUCCCACCAGGACCCAUGSCUCUCCCAAUUCUUGGGAAUAUCCUACAGAUAGAUGCUAAAAACAUCAGCGAAUCUUUAACCAAUUUGUCAAAAGUCUAUGGCCCUGUGUUCACUGUGUAUUUGGGUUUGAGACCCACUGUGGUGUUGCAUGGCUAUGAAGCUGUGAAGGAAGCCCUGAUUGAUCAUGGGGAAGUAUUUUCUGGAAGAGGCAGUUUCCCUGUGGGUGAUAGAGCUUCUAAAGGACUUGGAAUCAUUUUAACUACUGGAAGCAGAUGGAAAGUGAUGAGGCGCUUCUCACUCAUGACUCUGAGGAAUUUUGGGAUGGGGAAGAGGAGCAUUGAAGACCGAGUUCAAGAGGAAGCCCGCUGCCUUGUGGAGGAGUUGAGGAAAACCAAGUCCUCACCCUGUGAUCCUACUUUUCUCCUGGGCUGUGCUCCCUGCAAUGUGAUAUGCUCCAUUGUCUUCCAUAAUCGUUUUGAUUAUAAAGAUAAGGAUUUUCUAAACUUAAUGASGAAAAUAAAUGAAAAUGUGCAGAUUAUGAGCUCCCCAUGGAUCCAGGUCUGCAACAAUUUUCCUGCUCUCAUUGAUUAUUUCCCAGGGAGUCAUAAAACAGUUCUCAAGAAUUAUUSUGAUCUAAAACAGCAUUUUUUGAAGAAAAUAAAGGAACACCAAGAAUCCCUAGAUAUGAACAAUCCUCGGGACUUCAUGGACUGCUUCCUGAUUAAAAUGGAAGAGGAAAAGGGCAAUCAGCAGACUGAGUUUACCACUGAAGCCUUAAUAAACAUUGUGAAUGAUCUUUUGGAAGCUGGGACAGAGACCACAACCUCCACUCUGAGAUAUGGACUCCUGCUCCUGAUGAAGCACCCAGAGGUCACAGUUAUAAAUGACAGUAAUUUUAUUUUGGGUGCUCUUCAGCAGAGAGUGGAUAAAGAAAAUGUGGGCACAACCAUAAUAACAUCAUUGACAUCUGUGCUGCAUGACAGCAAAGAAUUCCCCAACCCAGAGAAGUUUGACCCUGGCCAUUUCCUGGAUGAGAGUGGCAAAUUCAAGAAGAGUGACUACUUCAUGCCUUUCUCAACAGGAAAACGGAUUUGUGCAGGAGAAGGUCUGGCCCGCAUGGAACUGUUCUUAUUCCUGACCACCAUUUUACAGAAYUUUCAUCUGAARUCUGURGUUGACCCAAARGAUCUUGAUACCACCCCAGUUGUCAAUGGAUUGGUCUCUGUGCCACCCACAUACAAGCUCUGCUUCAUUCCUGUUUGA